UUUGCAGCAACAUACAGGAAUCCAGAACUUGAUCGAAUAGCAUCCGAGGAUGAUCUGGUGGAAAUACAGGGCUACAGAAACAAGCUUGCUAUCAUUGGGGAGGUGCUGUCUCGGAGACAUAUGAAGGUGGCAUUUUUUGGCAGGACAAGUAGUGGCAAGAGCUCUGUCAUCAAUGCAAUGCUGUGGGAUAAAGUCCUCCCCAGUGGGAUUGGUCACACAACCAACUGCUUCCUGAGUGUUGAGGGAAUCGAUGGAGAUAAAGCCUACCUUAUGACCAAAGGGUCAGAUGAAAAGAAAAGUGUCAAGACUGUUAAUCAGCUGGCCCAUGCCCUCCAUAUGGAUAAAGACUUGAAAGCUGGCUGUCUUGUGCAUGUAUUUUGGCCCAAAGCAAAAUGUGCGCUCUUGAGAGAUGACCUGGUAUUAGUAGAUAGCCCAGGUACAGAUGUCACCAUAGAGCUGGACAUCUGGAUUGAUAAGUUCUGCCUUGAUGCUGAUGUCUUUGUUUUGGUUGCAAACUCCGAAUCAACACUGAUGAACACGGAGAAACACUUUUUCCACAAGGUGAACGAGAGGCUCUCCAAGCCCAACAUUUUCAUUCUGAAUAACCGUUGGGAUGCUUCUGCUUCGGAGCCAGGGUACAUGGAGGAUGUAUGCAGACAGCACAUGGAGAGAUGUCUUCACUUCUUGGUAGAAGAGCUCAAGGUUGUAAGUCCUUCAGAAGCUCGGAAUCGGAUCUUUUUUGUUUCAGCCAAGGAAGUUCUCAACUCCAGAAAGCAUAAAGCUCAGGGGAUGCCAGAAGGUGGCGGGGCACUUGCAGAAGGAUUUCAAGCAAGAUUACAAGAGUUUAAAAAUUUUGAACAAACUUUUGAGGAGUGUAUCUCGCAGUCAGCAGUGAGAACAAAGUUUGAACAGCACACUAUCAGAGCUAAGCAGAUACUAGACACUGUGAAACACAUACUGGACUCAGUAAACGUGGCCACAGCCAAGAAGAGGGUUUAUUCAAUGGAAGAGAGGGAAGACCAAAUCGAUAGACUGGACUUUAUCCGAAACCAGAUGAACCUUUUAACACUGGAUGUUAAAAAGAAGAUCAAGGAGGUCACGGAGGAGGUGGCAAACAAGGUUUCAUGUGCAAUGACAGAUGAAAUUUGUCGACUGUCUGUUUUGGUUGAUGAGUUUUGUUCUGAGUUUCAUCCUACCCCCAGUGUACUGAAAGUGUAUAAGAGUGAAUUAAGUAAGCACAUAAAAGAUGGCAUGGGAAGAAAUUUGGCUGAUUGGUGCCCCAAUGAAGUCAAUGCCUCCAUUCUUCAGUCUCAGCAAGAAAUCAUCGAAAACUUGAAGCCACUACUUCCAGCUGGUAUACAGAAUAAGCUUCAUACANUAAUCCCUUGCAAAAAGUUUGACCUCAGCUAUGAUCUCAAUUGCCACAAGCUGUGUUCGGAUUUUCAAGAGGACAUUGUGUUUCGGUUUUCCCUGGGCUGGUCUUCGCUUGUACACCGAUUCCUGGGUUCCACAAAUGCACAGAGGGUGCUGCUCGGGCUGUCAGAGCCCAUCUUUCAGAUUUGGAAAACAGUCAAAUCUGAGAUUUGUGUCACCUUAAGUAUGUACAGAGCUUUGUACCUUUAUGAGAGGCUCACGUGGACGACCCGUGCAAAGGAGAGAGCCUUUAAGCAGCAGUUUGUGAACUAUGCAACCGAGAAACUGCAGAGGAUCGUGAGCUUCACCAGUGCAAACUGCAGCCACCAAGUACAGCAAGAAAUGAUNACCACUUUUGCUCUACUGUGCCAACAAGUUGAUGUUACUCAGAAACAUCUGGAAGAGGAAAUUGCAAGAUUAUCCAAAGAGAUAGACCAACUGGAGAAAAUACAGAACAACUCAAAGCUCUUAAGAAAUAUCUCUGUGGAAAUAGAUUGAAACUUACAAACCAUGAAUUUUAAAAAGUACAAACACAAAACAAAAGGUUAA